AUGGUGUCAGAAGUGGGAUAUGGACAAAGUGCAAGGACUAACAUUCAAAUAUGUGACAAUUGUGGUAACAAACACCAAAGGAAAGACUACUGCCCUGCCAAGGGAAAAGUGUGUCUUUACUGCAAUAGACUGAAUCACUUCGCAAAAAUGUGUCGCAAGAAGGACAAUGACAGCAAGAAGGUCAAUGAGGUAAACAAUUUUGAUAUAAGAACUGAUCUCGAUUGUUACUCUCAGAAUGAUUUCUUUGUAAAUAGCAUUGAACACGACUCAUUGUCAAACCAAGCAUUUGCCAAAGUAAAAGUAGGCACAUCCAUAAUAGACAUGAAAAUUGACACAGGUGCGCAAGUUAAUGUCCUCCCAAAGUCACUGUACUUGAAACUAAGCUUAAAGGGUCCAUUACGACAAGCUCAGAAACGCCUCACUGCUUAUGAUGGCAAACCACUAUGCGUGGAAGGUUACAUAACCAUACCUUGUAAGUACAAUGGUCAAACUUACAAUGAAGAGUUUUACAUAGUUAAAUCAGGUUCAAGCCCCAUAUUAGGCUUACAGACAUGUUUGAGAAUGAAUCUGAUAAAUCUUGUACUUGCAAUGAAUUCUAGUACCCCAAGCAAAGAUAAUGUAAAUCACACACCUCUCACAAAGGAUAAAGUCCUCUCGAAAUACGCAGACGUUUUCGAAGGUAUUGGUCAGUUGCCAGGUGAAUGUGAAAUUCACUUGCAUGAAAACGUCUUACCUGUAGUUCACCCACCUCGCAAAGUCCCUGUCGCAAUUAAAGACAAACUCAAGGUAGAACUUGAUCGCAUGGAACAUCUAAAUGUCACUUGCAAAGUCACUGAACCUACAGACUGGGUAAACAGUUUGGUCACUGUAGAAAAAGCAAACGGUUCUUUAAGGAUAUGCUUAGAUCCAAAAGACCUCAAUGAAGCAAUCAGGAGACCACACUAUCCAAACAAGACGCUUGAUGACAUAUUGCCAGAGUUGUCAAAUGCAACCAUUUUCUCAAAGCUUGAUGCUCGCAGUGGUUAUUGGUCAAUUAAGCUCACAGAAAAGGCUUCAUACCUGACAACAUUCAACAGCCCCUUUGGCAGGUAUCGUUUCUUGCGGUUACCAUUUGGCCUGAAUAACGCAAAUGAUUUGUUCCAAGAAAAAAUGGACCAUUGUCUUGAAAAUUUGCCAGGUGUUAGGACAAUUGUUGACGAUAUUGUCGUUUUUGGUAAGGAUCAUGCAGAUCACGACCGCAAUUUUGACAUGCUCAUGACGAGAUGUCGUGAAAUGGGUAUAAAACUUAAUGCAGAUAAGACCGAUAUAGGCAAGAGCGAAAUCCCCUUCUUUGGUCACAUUCUCAGCUCUGAGGGACUAAAAAUGGAUCCUGCAAAAGUCAAGGCCAUACAGGACAUGCCACCACCAAAUUCAAAAUCAGAACUACAAACUGUUUUGGGAAUGGUCACAUACCUUCAAAGGUUUGCACCCAAACUCUCUGAAAUCACACUGCCCUUAAGGCAACUACUUUCUAAGGAUGUAGAAUUUGUAUGGGAUAUGCCCCAACAGGAAGCAUUUCAGAAAGUCAAAAAUGUCAUAACUCAGAGUCCAGGUCCUGUAUUAGCUUACUUUGACCCCAAAAAGGAAAUAACUCUACAGGUUGAUGCUUCCAAAUAUGGCCUUGCUGCAGUUCUCAUGCAAGAUGAGAAACCAGUCAGUUUUGCUUCGAAAUCUCUCACUAAAACAGAGGUUAACUAUGCUCAGAUAACGAAAGAGCUAUAUGCCAUUUUCUUUGGUUGCAAAAGGUUUCACCAGUACGUAUAUGGUAAACGAAUCAAAUGUCAGAGCGAUCAUAAACCACUGUUGGCAAUUUGGAAAAAAGGCUUGCAUUGUGCACCCCCACGUUUGCAACGUUUGCUGUUACAGUUGCAGAAAUACGAUGUAGAAUUGAUAUUUGUCCCAGGUAAACAAAUUCCUCUAGCAGACACGCUGUCUCGCAAAUAUUUACCUGACACAUACCCAGAAAUUGCAGAAGGUUUAGACGUGCAUGUACACGCUGUCAUGUCAAAUUUACCUGUAAGUGAUCAGAAAAUGGAGCUGAUAAGGACUGCCACAGAGUCAGAUUCUCAAAUGCAAUUACUUGCAAAGGUUAUUCUUGAAGGAUGGUCAAAUGACAGACCACAAUGCCCCAGCACGCUUCUUGAAUUUUGGAACUUUAGGGAUGAAUUGUCAGUAGUUGAUGGCAUUAUACUGAAAGGAAACAAAAUCCUUAUUCCCAAGGAAAUCAGACCCUUAAUGUUGGAAAAGAUUCAUGAAGGUCACUUUGGUGUAGAGAAAUGCACACAACGCGCACGCGAGGUUCUGUUUUGGCCAAAUAUGUCUUCAGAGAUAAAAUCACUAGUGCUAAAUUGCCCAAUUUGCCUAGAACACAGGUGUUCAAAUCAAAAGGAACCCCUGCAACCUAGCAAAGUGCCCGAUAGACCAUGGCAAAUCUGUGCCACAGAUCUGUUCCACUGGAACAAUUCUGAUUAUGUCUUGCUGGUAGAUGCAUACAGCAGAUAUUUUGAGGUUAGCAUGCUCCCAAACUCAAGGUCAGUCACAGUGAUUGAUAAAUUGAAAGGUUACUUCACCGUCACGGCAUCCCAGAAGUUUUACGAUCUGAUAAUGGACCAUGCUAUGACUCUUUAG